GGCAGAGCUUCCCAUGGCGACGUACCUGGAGUUCAUCCAACAGAACGAGGAGCGGGAUGGGGUGCGUUUCAGCUGGAACGUGUGGCCCUCCAGCAGGCUGGAGGCCACAAGGAUGGUUGUCCCCCUGGCCUGUCUGCUGACCCCGCUGAAGGAGCGUCUCGACCUGCCUCCUGUGCAGUACGAACCGGUGCUUUGCAGCAGACUGACUUGCAAGGCGGUGCUCAACCCGCUCUGCCAGGUUGACUAUCGGGCCAAGCUCUGGGCUUGUAAUUUCUGUUUUCAGAGAAAUCAGUUCCCCCCAGCAUAUGCAGGCAUAUCAGAGCUCAAUCAGCCAGCAGAACUCAUGCCUCAGUUUUCAACAAUUGAAUAUAUAGUGCAGCGAGGUGCCCAGACACCACUGAUCUUCCUGUACGUGGUGGACACGUGCCUGGAGGAGGAGGACUUGCAGGCUCUGAAGGAGUCUCUGCAGAUGUCCCUGAGCCUGCUGCCUGCCGACGCGCUCGUGGGGCUCAUCACCUUCGGCAGGAUGGUCCAGGUGCACGAGCUGAGCUGCGAAGGGAUCUCCAAGAGCUACGUGUUUAGGGGCACAAAGGACCUCACAGCUAAGCAAAUACAGGAUAUGCUUGGGCUUUCAAGGCCAGCUGUCCCCAUUCAACAGGGAAGACCUCUUCAACCUCAGGAACAACCUGUUAUUUCAAGCAGGUUUCUGCAGCCAGUACACAAGAUUGACAUGAAUUUAACAGAUCUGCUUGGAGAACUGCAGAGGGACCCAUGGCCAGUGACCCAGAAAAAAAAGGGAAAGAGGCCUUUACGGUCCACUGGGGUGGCUCUUUCCAUUGCUGUUGGCUUGCUGGAGGGCACCUUUCCAAACACUGGCGCCAGGAUAAUGUUGUUUACAGGCGGGCCACCAACACAAGGACCUGGCAUGGUGGUAGGAGAUGAACUGAAAACACCCAUCCGUUCCUGGCACGACAUAGAGAAGGACAAUGCAAGGUUCAUGAAGAAGGCCACCAAACACUACGAGACUUUGGCUAAUCGCACGGCAGCCAACGGGCACUGCAUCGACAUCUACGCCUGCGCCCUGGACCAGACUGGCCUGCUGGAGAUGAAGUGUUGUGCCAACCUCACCGGAGGUCACAUGGUGAUGGGAGACUCCUUCAACACUUCUCUCUUCAAGCAGACGUUCCAGCGAGUGUUUAACAAAGGGUUCAAUGGGGAGUUUCGCAUGGCUUUUGGUGCCAGUUUGGAAGUGAAGACUUCUAGGGAGCUGAAGAUUGCGGGAGCUAUUGGACCAUGCAUAUCCCUGAAUGCUAAAGGGCCAUGUGUCUCUGAAAAUGAGCUUGGAAUUGGAGGAACGUCACAAUGGAAAAUUUGUAGCCUGGAUCCAAGCACAACGCUGGCCAUUUACUUUGAAGUGGUAAAUCAGCACAACGCACCGAUACCUCAGGGAGGCAGAGGGGCGGUUCAGUUUGUCACUCAGUACCAACACUCCAGUAUGCAGAAACGCAUUCGAGUCACCACCAUAGCCAGAAAUUGGGCAGAUGCACAGAGCCAGCUCCAGCACAUAGAAGCUGCGUUCGACCAGGAGGCAGCCGCCGUGCUGAUGGCGCGGUUGGGAGUGUACAGAGCCGAAUCCGAGGAGGGGCCCGACGUGCUGCGGUGGCUGGACAGACAGCUCAUCAGACUGUGUCAGAAAUUUGGACAGUACAACAAAGAUGAUCCUAACUCCUUCAGAUUGUCGGAAUCAUUUUCUUUGUAUCCUCAGUUCAUGUUCCACUUGCGACGCUCCCCAUUCCUGCAGGUCUUCAAUAACAGCCCAGAUGAAUCUUCUUAUUACCGUCACCACUUUGCUAGGCAAGAUCUGACCCAGUCUCUCAUCAUGAUCCAGCCCAUCCUUUAUGCUUACUCUUUCUAUGGACCUCCUGAGCCAGUGCUUUUGGACAGCAGCAGCAUUCUUCCAGACAGGAUCCUUCUGAUGGAUACUUUCUUCCAGAUAGUUAUCUACCUGGGUGAGACUAUUGCACAGUGGCAGAAAGCUGGUUACCAAGACAUGCCCGAGUAUGAGAACUUCAAGCACCUACUGCAAGCCCCGCUGGAUGACGCUCAGGAAAUCUUGCAGACCAGAUUCCCGAUGCCACGUUACGUCAACACUGAACACGGGGGCAGCCAGGCCCGGUUCCUCUUGUCUAAAGUGAACCCUUCUCAGACCCACAACAACCUCUACGCAUGGGGACAGGAAUCGGGAGCUCCGAUCCUAACGGACGAUGUCAGCCUCCAGGUAUUCAUGGACCACCUGAAAAAGCUGGCGGUGUCAAGUGCGUCGUAA